AUGAAGUCAUUCGCGAUUGCGACCGCCGUCCUUUCUCUUGUAUCUACAGCUUUUGGGGCAGACAAGAGUAACUUGACGAAACCACUUACCUCGAAUCACAUCCUUCCUUCAAAUUUCAAACCUCCGCAAGUCUUUAAAAAUGUCAAUUUGGUACACAAUAUCAACCUCGAAAAGAGUUAUCCAAAAGAAUCGAUAAAUGUGGUAAUUGAGAACGUUGCAAACGAGCCUCAGGAUGAAUACUACCUGCCAUUCACAUCGAGGCAGAUGGAGACAAUUGGAGCGUUAGAGGUUAAGGAUAAAAAGGAUGCCGACUCGGGGUUAUUCCAAGUACGAGCAGUAGAGUUUGACACAGAGAGUGAUACUCAAUUCUACCUGAUCAAGCUACCACAACCUCUCGCACCCAAAGCACAGCAAACAAUUGGCAUUUCAUAUGCUUACCUCUCAGCUUUGAACCCUCUUCCGAAUUCAAUCGCACAAAACGAGAACCAAUAUGUCGUUUAUGAAUUUUCCGCAUAUGCCCAGUCGUCAUACGUCACUUUGAAGCAAAAGACUGAAGUCAAACUUCCAACUACGAAUAUUCCAGAGCACACCAUUAUUCCAGGAACUAAUGGCGCACUCGAAUCACCACAAAAACAAGGUUCCAAGUACACAUAUGGUUCUUUUGGAGAGGUUCCAGCUGGAGCAAAAGAACCAGUUCGAGUUCGAUAUGAGUUCACCAAACCCCUCAUCCACAUCUCCAGAUUAGAGCGCGACAUUGAAGUCAGCCACUGGGGAGGAAAUGUUGCUUUCGAGGAACGCUACACUAUGACCAACCGUGCCGCCAACCUUUCUCAACCAUUCUCCCGUACUCUCUGGAAUCAAGCCUCAUACUAUGCCACCACUCCCACUUCUGCCAUCAAGGAGCUUAAAUUCCCUUUGAGGGUCGGAAGUUUGACACCAUACUUCACUGAUGUCAUCGGUAACGUCUCCACCUCCCGUUUCCGCAGCAACAGACGCGAAGCAAACCUCGAAAUUAAGCCCCGGUACCCAAUCUUCGGAGGCUGGAAUUAUCCUUUCCGUAUAGGUUGGGAUGCGGACGCCAAGAAAUUCUUGAGACAGUUGAGUGGAGGAGAGCAGUAUGUUCUUAAUGUUCCAUUCUUGGAAGGCCCAAAACAAGCCGAGGGAGUUGAAUAUGAGUUCGUCGAACUUCGUGUCAUUCUUCCCGAAGGAGCUGAGAACGUCCAAUUCUCCACCCUUGUCCCUACCACAUCCUCAACUAUCACCCUUCACAAAACCUUCAUGGAUACAAUCGGCCGCACAGCCCUCACUAUCCACUCCCACAACCUCGUCGACGAUCUCCGCGAUCACGAACUUAUCGUUACAUAUACCUAUCCACUCUUUGCCGGCUUCCGCAAACCCAUCGUUAUCUUCUGCAGUAUCUUGAGUUUAUUCGUCGCCGUGUGGGCUAUGGGAACUUUGAAUGUUAGUAUCAAGGGGAAGAAGGCUUGA